CGGAUAAAGCUUUUCGAGAUAUGAAGGUCCUAAAACUAAGCCAGUCCAUUAUUGUGUCUGGUGAGUCAGGUGCUGGCAAAACUGAAAACACAAAAUUUGUGCUCAGGUACUUGACAGAAUCAUAUGGUACAGGCCAAGACAUUGACGAAAGAAUAGUUGAGGCCAAUCCUUUGCUGGAAGCUUUUGGAAAUGCUAAAACAGUGCGAAACAACAACAGUAGUCGAUUUGGGAAAUUUGUAGAAAUUCAUUUUAAUGAAAAGAAUUCUGUUGUAGGAGGAUUUGUGUCACAUUAUCUUUUGGAGAAAUCCAGGAUCUGUGUGCAGAGUAAGGAAGAGCGAAACUAUCAUAUAUUUUACCGGUUAUGUGCUGGUGCUUCUGAAGAUAUUAGAGAAAAAUUUCAUUUGAACUCUCCUGAUAACUUCAGAGUAAGUAUUUACU